AUGGUUGGGAUUGAGUCCAAGGGCCUAACACACAAGAAAAGAGACAUUGGAGGAGGAGGAGGAGGAGGAGGAGGAGGAGGAGGAGGGCGGACAAAUGACCCGGUCACUCGUGGAAUACCAGCUGGUGACUGGGCCAGCGACGCCUUAGACAGUGCGUCGAGAAGCCACACACCUGGCACUGGACCCAUUCCUCGGCCCCCUUCCCUGGUGGACCCCCCUCCCUCCCCGCGCCAGAGAUCGAAUGCCGUCAUGACAUCGGGAAUGGAGAGAAAGCUGAAUGCUGGAAAGACAGGGAACUCUGGGAAAGGGAGCGGUAGGGGGCGUCCCAGAAAGAGGGAGGGGAGUGAGAGGAAGCAGGUGGAGGAGCAGGGAGGGGAAGCGAGGGAGAGGGAGGAUGAGGAAGAGGGAGAUGACCAGGGGGGAAGUGAUAGUAGUCGGAAUACUUCCAGGGUCACUAGACGAACCACCUCGUCUGCCGAAGUCACAGCCAAAAGUAACAACAACCCCGGUCAGUCGAACAAAGAGAGCGCCGCCAAAAAGACGUCUCAUGCACAAAAGAACAUUGAUACGGGUCAGAGUACCUCCGCCUCUAAGAAAGUCGAUAGAAGUAGCGGCACGCCAACAAAGGGAACGAAAGGUAGACGAGAGAAAACACACAAAAAGAUCCAAAAACACGUCGUCAGUAGUUUACCGAAGGAGGAGAAAGUGAAAGAGAGCAAAAGCAAUAAUAUCAACCCUUCCAGUUCACCCGUCCAGAGAAUACCCCCUGCAAGAGAGCCGCCCGACAAACUCAAAGAUAAACAACGCGAUCCUGGUCCGAAGUCCCACAGUAAAAAUCUCAAGGAGGAGGUGGGGAGGAGGAGGAGGAGGAGGAGGAGGAGGAAGAAGAAGAUGAAGAAGAAGAAGAAGAGGAAGAGGACGACGACGACGACGACGAGAGCAAGGAUGCAAUAA